AAAAAUAAUAUUUUAUCAUAUACCACCGCCACUAGGACAAUAAUUGUCGCUGAUUGUCGCCAGUGUGUGCGUAUGUGUGUUCUGUGUACAAUUUUUAAUCUCAGUGUAUACGUGUACAUAUAAUAUACAACAUACUUAUACUUAUACGUACUUAGUAUUUACACUACUUUGGAUCUUAUGCUUGUGUUUAAUUAUUUAUAAUACAACAAUCUUGUGGUAUCUAAGAGUCGUGGUAAUUUUUUUUAACAGCAGUCGCGAUAAUUUUAUUACAAAGCCACAUUAAAAAUUCUCUAUACACAGAGACAGCGAUAAUAAUAUGCCAGGUAUGAGUAGAUAAAAAAUAAAAAAACGACUGGAGGUAACGCAAAUACUGUUGUCGACAAUACGGACAAAAAACAGUCUGAGGAUGGCAUUUCCACCACUGGUCAGUUCAACACCUCCACCUCUUGAUAAUUAUCGCGAGAGUGAUGAUGAUGAGUUUGGUGACUACGCAGCUGGAGGUCUUGAUGGAUCAUCAACAACCUCUGAGUCACCUAGAAAAUUACUUACUCCAAUUCAAACUCCAACUCCAUCAAUGACAGCGUCUCCGAGGAUCAAUGGAACUGGAGAUUAUUCACUAGCUGUUGAUGUAUUGACACGUGAAGAUGGUAAUGAUGAUGGUGGUGGUGGUGGUGGUGUUCUCAGAUCUCGGAUUGAUGAGGAUAUUAUCACUGUAGAAAAAACAGAUGACACAGUGAGCAGUAUAAAGCUAAAUAUUAGGACGUGUAGUGGUAGUUUAAAUAAUAAUAAUAAUAAAUCGGAUUUUAUAAAAAAUAGAGAUAUUAAUAUAGAUGAUAUUUCACGGGAUAAAAGUGAUAAAAAUUCGGGUUAUGAAAGCAAUAUAUGUAGCACAAACGAUAUUUGUAAUCAAGGAAAUUUAGAUAAGACAAAUUUAUUACCUAUUAAUGUUAAUGGUGAUGUAGUAAAUAGUAAUAAUAGUAGUUUAGCUGAAAGUUUGAAGACUGCAAGUGAUAGAGAUGAUUCGCUAAAUAAUAUUGAGGCUACUGAUGAUCACGAGCCAUUGAGUUUGAUACUAGAUGAUCCUACAGUUGACAGUGAUUCACAUCAAGACUUGGACAAUGAUUUUUAUGACUAUGAUAAUUACAAUAAUUCAUUGGAGUGUGACAGUCCUCGUCCAAAUGAUAAUCCAGAUUCAGGAUUAAAUUCACCCAAGCAUGAGAUUUUUAAAAAUAAUAAUGUCAGUGACAAGGAAAUUGUUGAGGUGACAAAGCUGAAAAAUUUUGAGAGUACAAUUAAUAGUCCAGAGAAUAAUGAGUCAAUUAAAGUUGAUGAUAAUCAAGGUGAAAAGGUUGAUGACUUUUUUAAAGAUAUCUCUUCGGAUUUUUCAAGUUUUCUUAUUGCUCAUGGGAAUAAUAAAGACUAUGUCAAUAAUUUUACGAUAUCGGAUAUCGAUCAUGAUAUUGAAGAAUCAGAAAAUAAUCACACUGAUGAUAAAAUAAAGAGUUCAAAUGAUUUUAGUGAUUUUAAUUUUUAUUUUGAUAAAAAUAUUUUAUCUACGCAUAGUAAUAAUAAUAGUAAUUCCUGUAUUAAUAACAUACAAGAUAAUGUUAUUGAUGUUGACAUUCCACCGUUGGAGAAUCAUGAUAUCAAUGUUAAUGAUGAUUAUGAUGAUGAUGAUGAAUUUGGUGAUUUUAGUGACUUUAAUAAUACAGUAGUCAAUAUGGAAAAUAAUCAAAAUGAUGAUAAAGAUUCGAUUAAAAAAAAUGAUACUGAUGAAAAUUUAGAAAAAUUAAACAUUAAUGAUAGUAGUGAUAAUAAUGACUGUGAUUUUAAAAAUUUCAUAGAUUAUCAGUGUACAGAUAAAAACCAAACCAGUGAAUUAAAUGUAUUAGAACCGAAAAAUAUUAUAUCGGAAGGGAUUUCAGAACCAAGUCCACUGCCACUUAAAAUAACGCCGAGUUAUGAAACGAAUAAUGAUUAUGAUGAUUUUUCGACUUAUGAACCAUUCAAAAGUGCCACCACAGCAACUAAAAUCAUUCCCAGUGGCAGUCAACUAUCGCCAGAACACAAUAAACCAACGGUAGAUACAGAAACACAAGAAAUAUCAACAGUUACAGAAUGUAAAAAACAGGAUGACGAUGAUGAUGUUCAUGAUGAUGAUUUUGGAGAUUUUGCUGAUUUUUCCAGUGGACCAGCAGCUGAAAUACAAGAAUGGACGCCAAAUGUCCAAGAACCAGUCGCUUCCAAUCUAGAUGACGAUGACUUUGAUGACUUUUGCAGUAAUUCUGCGAUUGUAGAAACACAUGAAAUAAAUAUAAGAGAAUCUAUAAGUCGAAUAGAUAAUAAAAACGCUGCUAAUAAAAUAGAGGACAUAAUAGCAAAUAUGUUUCCUAAUACUCCAGAAAUUCCAGAGAUUGAUAUAAAAUCAUUGAUUGAGGAAACUGAUGACUUGUGGCAGUCACUCAAGCGCAUUGAAGAGACAAAUGCUCUAUCUUAUCAAUGGACUAAUAGCGUCAGUAAUAAUGUUCUUCUUGGUUCCCUUGGUAUUGAUUCUCGUAAUAUCCUAUUUGGACCUCGUUGGAAUCCAAACAUUCCAAGAUUCGCGGCAAAUUUGGGAUAUGCGCCUUUAGAACCUACAAGAGCUUCUUCCGAAGCACAACAAGCAUCAACUUCUAGCACUAAUAAACAACAAAAUUCUACCACUAGUGAUGAAGUACCAGCAGCUCAAUUUGACUGGAACAGUUCUGGCCUAGUCAAUCCUCUUGAUGCAAGUGGUGGUCUUUCGUCACUGUUAUCCCUAGACUUGUUGUAUCCUUUUGAUCCUCUGUUAACUCCACAUUAUUCCGCACAUUCCGAAUCCUAUCACCAUCACGCUGCUUGUAACAGGAGCUCCAUAUACUUCAGUAAUGGUAAUAAUUUACAUGAGCAAGAAGAAAAUUAUUCAAAAACACGGUCAUCAGAGUUGAUAGAAAAUGAACUAAUGAAGCCCGUGAGACAAUCGCAGUUGUCUAAAAUAAUCGAACCACUACCAGGACCUAGUACAGUUGAAUGGAAAAAAAAACAAGAUAGUUUUGAUGGUGUCACAAAAAAAAUUGUCAAUCAAAAACCACGAACGAAUAAAAUUAAUCAACAAGUACCAGUAACUGGUACCAUAAGCAAAAUUGACGUGAGAUCCGAAUCAAUAAAAAUAGACUCAGCAAAAGAAUAUAGCCAUCGUAAAUCAGGAGGGAUUAAACGUGAUAAUUUUGUUGAGCAACAUACAGUAAUGGAUCGUUAUGGAAGACCAAUGGUUGUUCAAGCGGAAACAGUACGAGUGUUAAAACAAUUGCCAGAUUUAUCAUUUCUUAGUGCAAGAACGCUACUAUUUAAUCCUGAACAAAAACAAAUUGUUCAGGAUCUUGGUGCAAUGAUAAAUCGUAAAAUGCCUGGCUGAGUUACGUCGGUCUGAAUGCGAGUUUUAAUUAAAUAUAUAAAUAUGAAAGAUUGUCUUGUGUAUUUAAAAUAAGUAUUAAUAACAGUAAUGAUUUUUUUAAUUACUGGUAUUACAAUUGAGUGAAAAAUAAAAUGAAAAAAUAAUAAUUCCAACUUAAAUAAUUAAAAGCUUGUGUUCAGACCAAUCAAAACAAACAAAUUUUUACUUGUAUUUAUUUAUUAUUUUUAUUAUUCAAAAAAUAGUUUACAAAAACAAUUCAUCACAUAUUUUAAUCGUAUUUUAAUCGCUUUUUUUUUUUAAAUAAUUAAAAAUUUAUUUUAAACAUUCGGUACUUACAUCACUGUAAAUAAAAAAUA